ACUCCAGUGGGAAAGUUUCACUGAACUUUGCAGUCAGGAGGAGAAGGAGAAAAGAUUUUCGAGAAUUAUAGAAUAGUUGCAGGGAACUGCCAUGGCGUUUCGCCGAAGAAACAAAAGUUAUCCUUUCUUCAGCCAGGAGUUUCUCAUCCAGAACCACGCCGACAUUGUCUUCAGUUUGGUGAUCUUUAUUUUGAUUGGAUUGAUGUUUGAGGCAACAGCCAAGACAGCCAUAUUAUUUAUCCAGCCCCAGUACAAUGUCACCACAUUGACACCAGAUGGAGAAGUGACAUUGUAUCAUUAUGGAUGGAAGGACUGCGCCACCAUCCUCUUCUACUUUUUUAUAACCAUCAUCCUUCAUGCAGUGGUGCAGGAGUAUCUUCUAGAUAAAAUCAACAGGCGUCUCCAUCUUUCCAAGAGUAAGAACACCAAGUUUAAUGAGUCAGGUCAACUGUGUGUGUUUCAUUUGGUGUCCAGUGUGUGGAGCUUCUACGUCCUCAUUACUGAAGGAUAUCUUUUGCAUCCGAGCAGACUUUGGGAAAACUAUCCACACGCACAUCUCAGGUUCCAGGUAAAGUUUUUCUACCUCACUCAGCUGGCUUACUGGCUCCAUGCUUUACCGGAACUUUACUUCCAAAAAGUGCGCAAGGAGGAGAUCUCUCGUCAGCUGCAGUACAUCGGCUUGUACCUGGUGCACAUCUCGGCGGCGUAUCUGCUCAAUUUGAACCGCGUGGGUCUGGUGCUGCUCUUCCUCCAGUAUGUGUCCGAGCUGGGCUUCCACAUCGCCAGGCUCUUCUACUUCACAGACGAGAACCACCAGAAAAUGUUUGACAUGUGGGCGGCCGGCUUCGUGAUUACUCGCAUGGCGACGCUGACUCUCAUGUUUCUCGCCAUCGGGUUCGGUUUGGCCCGCUGCGAGAACCAGGUGCUGGACUUGGAGACCGGCAACUUCAACACUGUUCUCAUACGGAUGACUGUUCUUCUGCUAGUCUGUCUGACCCAAUCUUGGCUCCUCUGGAAGUUUAUCCGUUUCCAGCUGAGGCGCUGGAGGGAAUUCCGACAUGAGCAAGCUGUCCGCAAGAAGGCCGCCACCAAGCAAGCCCUUCGGCCAAUGAAACGAGACUCUCUUGGGCAUUAUGAAAACGGAGUGGUCAAAGCCGAGAACGGAACCUCUCCUCGGCUCAAAAAACUCAAAUCUCCCUAAGGAAAACAUUCGGACUGAGCUGAGAAGCCGAGAUGCGAGCUGGCGAGAUCCAUUCCGACACGCUCCGGGGACUGUGACUACAAAUUAGGCUUGAACGCUGGAAAAUGAAAUCCAAGGAAAUUCCUCGAGCCCAAGAGACAUUUACUCUCCUCAGCAAAUCUAUUAUUUUUUUUUUUUAUACAUCCACAUGACCUGCUUUUCCAUAUUAAGGAGUGCAAAAUGCCACAAGUGUACAAACACAGUAUGUAGCACAUGUUACUGUGUAGCAACUUUUGAAUGUGUUCAUGUAAUCGUCGUUACCAAGUACUGUAUUUGCUCGUCUGAUUGCCAUUGAGCCAGCUUUGCUUCUUUUCCAGUCUGGUCCAUUGAGAGUAGCGAAAACAACAAAAUGUUACAGAUGAUAACAUAACGAUAAAAGUUUACUGUAAGACAGCCUUGAUGUUAAAUUA